CAAAGCCAGCGAUAUCAGAACGCCAAUCUCGUCCAACCUGGGGUUUGUAUGGAGAGCCUCGAGCGCAGAGCUAGGUAUCUUACUGAUAAGCAAAAUAUAUAUUAUACAUAAGAUGAGCGCCCAUACAUGCGUCUAGGUAUAUAACCCCCGCCAGUCCCUUGCCUUCCAGGUUGGUGUGUUACGGUCGUGUUACUCUAGCCUCGCCUAAUCAACAAUUCUUUUAGUCGGUAACUUCACAGUCUGAAGUUUUCACUAUAGCAGAAAGGCAAGAUGGCAGAAACGACGAUCGCCGCGCCCUUGGAUCAGGGUGUCGGAUAUGGCAUCGUUCUCGGCUUGGGCUUUGCAUUUGCCCUCGGAAUGAUCCUAGUUACCUUUAUCCUCAAGCGAUAUAAUUCAGAACUCCAGACUUCCGAAAUGUUUACUACUGCCGGUCGCACAGUGAAGAGUGGCUUGGUCGGAUCUGCUGUUGUUUCUUCAUGGACAUGGGCUGCUACGCUUCUACAAAGUUCUGGUGUCUGUUACAGAUAUGGUGUUUCUGGCCCCUUUUGGUACGCGUCUGGAGCAACUGUUCAGAUUCUUCUUUUUGCGACAUUAGCCAUUGAGCUAAAGCGACGCGCCCCCAAUGCGCAUACAUUCCUCGAGGUAAUCAAGGCUCGCUAUGGAACAAUCGCCCACAUCGUCUUUAUGGUAUUUGGUCUUGUAACCAAUAUACUCGUCAGUCUUAUGUUGGUUGUUGGUGGUGCGGCAACAGUGAGCGCUCUCACUGGAAUGCACACUAUCGCGGCUAUAUACCUUCUUCCCGUCGGCGUCAUCGCGUACACCAUGGUCGGUGGCUUGAAGGCGACGAUCUUGACUGAUUGGAUCCACACCUUCAUCCUACUCGUUAUCAUUAUCAUCUUUUCAUUGACUGCCUAUGCCUCGUCUGACAGACUUGGUUCCCCAUCGGCUGUUUAUGAUCUGCUCGUCGAAGCUGCUUUCAAUCAUCCGGUUGAAGGAAAUGCCGAAGGCAGUUACUUGACUAUGCGCUCGAAAGAAGGUGUCAUUUUCUUCGUGAUCAACAUUGUUGGUAACUUCGGAACUGUGUUCCUCGACAACGGAUACUACAACAAGGCUAUCGCUGCCUCGCCUGUCCAUGCCCUCCCUGGUUACAUUAUCGGUGGUCUUAGUUGGUUUGCAAUUCCUUGGUUGACUGCUACCACCAUGGGUCUAUCUGCCAUAGCCCUCGAAGGGACCCCGGCAUUUCCGACGUACCCUAACCGUAUGUCUGAGGCGGAUGUAUCAGCUGGACUUGUGCUGCCAUACGCCGCCGUUGCUCUGCUAGGAAAAGGGGGUGCGGUCGCGACGCUUCUUAUUAUCUUCAUGGCUGUUACUUCGGCCACUUCGUCGGAACUGAUCGCCGUUUCUUCUAUCGCGACUUACGAUCUCUACCGAACUUACUUCAAGCCAGAUGCCAGCGGUCGGCGCCUAAUCUAUAUGUCUCAUGUUGUGGUUGUGUUAUAUGCCCUGUUCAUCUCCUCGUUCUCCGUUGGUCUCUAUUAUGCAGGGAUUUCAAUGGGCUACCUUUAUCUAAUGAUGGGCUGCAUCAUUUCAUCGGCCGUGAUACCUGCGACCUUGACCUUGGUUUGGAAGGGACAGAACAAGUGGGCCGCAUCUCUAUCUCCGAUCUUUGGACUCGCCUUUGCCUUGAUCGCGUGGCUCGUCACUGCUAGGAAGGAAUGCGGUUCUUUGGACGUGGCAUGCACGGGCUCUAACAACCCUAUGCUUGCAGGAAACGUUGUCGCACUCCUUUCCCCUCUUGUUCUCAUUCCCAUCUUUACCCUCAUUUUCGGAAUGGACAAUUACGACUGGAAGUCGAUGAUGGCCAUUCGUAGGGGUGACGACCACGACCUCGCCACCACGGCGGGCGUGGAUCUAGAGCAGACAGUUGGCGGACACGAGGAGACAGCAAACGAAUUCGCUGAUGAGCAGUCAAAACUGAUGCGCGCUAGCAAAAUCUCCAAAUGGACAACUGUGGGACUAACGCUCGCCUUCCUGAUUCUGUGGCCCUUCCCCAUGUACGGCAGCAGCUACGUGUUCUCCAAGCCUUUCUUCACAGGCUGGGUCACCGUAGGCAUUAUCUGGAUCUUCUGCUCUCUUGGCGCUGUUGGACUGUUCCCCGUUUAUGAAGGACGGCAGACUCUUGCGAGGACAUUCAAGGCCAUCGUCCUUGAUUUGUCAGGCAAGAAGCACAUUAAGGCCAUUCAUGCAGAAAACGAAGCGGUGGCUAUCGACGGCAAGGCGGCGUCAGGGGAAGAGACGCCCCCGGUGGUAAACGAGCCGCCUAAGACGGAGACGAGUGAAAAGGAGUAGAGAGAGGAGAUGCUAUUUUGUAGAGAAGUGUUUGUGAUUUUGGAGUGAUUUGUGGAAAAAAGAUACCCUUUAUAUAUAGCUGGGAGUGAGAUUAGUUGGUGUUUGUCAAUUGUUUAUCUAAUAACUUCAACAAUCUUCCUC